AUGGCGUCGGUUGCAGGCGAGGGGAGGAGCCGGGUGCUGGUGAUAGGCGGCACGGGCUACAUAGGCCGCUUCAUCGUCGCCGCCAGCGCACGCGAGGGCCACCCCACCGCCGUCCUCGUCCGCGACGCCGCGCCCGCCGACCCAGCCAAGGCCGCCGUCCUCCAGGGAUUCCGGGAUGCCGGCGUCACCAUCGUCAAGGGUGAUAUGUAUGAUCAUGAGAGCCUGGUGACAGCCAUUAAAUCAGCAGAUGUUGUGAUCUCGGCCGUGGGUUAUCAACAGCUACCGGAUCAAACUCUCAUUAUCUCGGCAAUUAAGGAAGUUGGGCAUGUAAAGAGAUUCUUCCCAUCAGAGUAUGGUAAUGAUGUGGAUCGUAACCAUGCAGUUGAACCUGCAAAGACAGUAUUCGGUGGGAAAGCUCAUAUAAGGCGUGCCAUUGAGGCUGAGGGGAUUCCCUACACAUAUGUCUCUUCCAACUUCUUUGCUGGUCGUUUCUUGCGAAGCCUUGCGCAGAUUGGGGUCACGGAGCCUCCAACCGAGAAGGUUCUCAUUAUGGGUGAUGGAAAUGUAAAAGGAAUCUUUGCGGCGGAGGAAGACGUGGGAACCUACACUAUUAAAGCUGUAGAUGAUCCAAGGACCCUGAACAAAAUCCUAUAUCUGAGGCCACCAAGUAACACUUUGUCCCAUAAUGAGCUUGUCUCACUCUGGGAGAAGAAACUUGGUAAGACACUUGAGAGGGUGUACCUCCCAGAGGACGAACUCCUGAAGAAGAUUCGAGAGUCAUCAGCGCCGCUGAAUGUAGCACUGGCAAUCAGCCACUCUGUCUGGUUGAAGGGGGACCACACUAACUUUGAGAUCGACCCAUCAUUUGGAGUUGAAGCCACUCAGCUUUACCCUGAUGUGCCUUACAUUACCGUGGAUGAAUACCUAAAUAGGUUCCUUUAA